UCCUGGCGACUGUUACCCAUCAACAACAACGGCUCCUUUCCUCCUUCACCACCAUCACCACCUCCUCCUGCUGCUGCUGCUCCUCCUCACCCCCAGCCUCACCCCCAUCCUCAUCAUCACCCACAACAACAACCUCCAGCAGCAAGAGCAACACCAUCACCACUACCACAGCCCUCCACAGCCCAGCAACAAGAAUGCAGACAUCAGAGACUGGGUCGGAUACAGGUUCGACGGUUACUUUGCAGACGUCCGUAGCUAGCCAAGCAGCUGUACCUACCCAGGUGGUACAGCAGUUACCAGUGCAACAACAGGUUCAACAAGUACAAACUGUGCAACAAGUGCAACAUGUAUAUCCAGCCCAGGUGCAGUAUGUGGAGGGAAGUGACACGGUCUACACAAAUGGAGCUAUACGAACAACAACGUAUCCUUACACAGAAACUCAGAUGUACAGCCAAAACACUGGGGGGAAUUACUUUGAUACCCAAGGAAGUUCUGCGCAGGUGACCACAGUAGUCUCUUCUCAUAGUAUGGUGGGCACUGGAGGCCUUCAGAUGGGUGUCACAGGAGGACAGCUCAUCAGCAGCACUGGAGGUACCUACCUGAUUGGCAAUUCAAUGGAAAACUCUGGCCAUUCUGUUACUCACACAACACGAGCAUCCCCUGCUACAAUUGAAAUGGCGAUUGAGACACUGCAAAAGUCUGAUGGUCUGUCCACUCACAGAAGCUCUCUUCUCAACAGCCAUCUUCAAUGGCUUUUAGACAACUAUGAAACAGCAGAAGGGGUGAGCCUUCCCAGAAGCACUCUCUACAACCAUUACCUGAGACACUGUCAGGAGCAUAAAUUGGACCCUGUCAAUGCUGCUUCUUUUGGAAAACUAAUACGGUCAAUUUUCAUGGGCCUACGGACCAGAAGAUUGGGAACCAGGGGGAAUUCCAAAUAUCAUUACUAUGGGAUUCGUGUCAAGCCAGACUCUCCUCUUAAUCGACUACAAGAGGACAUGCAAUAUAUGGCUAUGAGACAACAACCCAUGCAGCAGAAACAAAGGUACAAACCUAUGCAGAAAGUGGAUGGAGUCUCAGAUGGUUUUACAACAAGUGGUCAGCAAACAGGCACAUCUGUUGAACAAACUGUGAUAGCUCAAAGUCAGCAUCAUCAACAAUUUUUAGAUGCAUCUCGAGCACUUCCAGAGUUUGGAGAAGUUGAAAUCUCUUCGCUGCCAGAUGGUACUACUUUUGAGGAUAUUAAGUCUUUACAGAGUCUCUAUCGAGAACACUGUGAGGCAAUAUUGGAUGUUGUAGUGAACCUUCAGUUUAGCCUAAUAGAAAAAUUGUGGCAGACUUUUUGGCGCUAUUCUCCCUCAACCACAACUGAUGGCACUACUAUCACUGAGCCAAGCAAUCUGAGUGAAAUAGAAAGUCGACUUCCGAAAGCAAAGCUGAUAACUCUGUGCAAAAAUGAGUCAAUUCUGAAAUGGAUGUGUAACUGUGACCAUGUGAUGUACCAGGCUUUGGUGGAGAUUCUCAUUCCUGACGUCCUUAGACCUAUUCCUAGUGCCUUGACCCAAGCCAUUCGCAAUUUUGCAAAAAGCCUUGAAGGUUGGCUUUCCAAUGCCAUGAACAAUAUUCCCCAGAGAAUGAUUCAAACCAAGGUUGCCGCUGUAAGUGCCUUUGCUCAGACUCUGCGAAGAUACACAUCUCUUAAUCAUCUGGCUCAGGCAGCCCGAGCUGUCUUGCAAAACACUUCUCAGAUUAACCAGAUGCUCAAUGACCUCAACCGUGUUGAUUUUGCCAAUGUCCAGGAGCAGGCUUCCUGGGUGUGCCAGUGUGAUGACAACAUGGUACAACGGUUAGAAACAGAUUUCAAGAUGACUCUUCAGCAGCAGAGCACUCUGGAGCAGUGGGCUGCCUGGCUUGACAAUGUAAUGAUGCAAGCACUGAAACCAUAUGAAGGAAGACCUAGUUUUCCUAAAGCAGCACGCCAAUUUCUGUUAAAGUGGUCUUUCUACAGCUCAAUGGUGAUUCGAGAUUUAACUCUACGCAGUGCUGCUAGCUUUGGUUCUUUUCAUCUGAUCCGUCUGUUAUAUGAUGAAUAUAUGUUUUACUUAGUUGAACAUCGAGUUGCUCAAGCCACAGGAGAGACACCUAUUGCAGUCAUGGGAGAGUUUGGUGAUUUAAAUGCUGCGUCUCCUGGGACCAUGGACAAAGAUGAAGGCAGUGAAGUUGAAAGUGAAAUAGAUGAAGAGCUGGAUGACUCUGGAGAACCUCAAGCCAAGCGAGAGAAGACUGAAAUUAGCCAGGCCUUUCAGGUGGGCUGCCUGCAACCGGUACUUGAGACUGGAGUACAGCAGAACCUUUUGAACCCUCUUCACAAUGAGCACAUUGUCACAGCUACUCAAACGAUCAGACAGUGUAGUGCGACUGGAAAUACAUAUACUGCGGUCUAACAAAUAUUUAAAGUUCUUUUUUCAGAUUGUAUUAGCCCUCUUGAUGUUGGGCAUAUCAUAGGGGAUGGAAGGGAUGCAAAAAAAAAAAAGAUUUCUGAAAGUCGACUAUUGUCAAAUUUUAUCUGUACUUUUGCUGGAGUUGUGAAAUGGAAUGGGUCUAUGUAUUUGGUCAGAUUUGGGGUGGGGUGGGGAAGGUAAAUACAAUCAUUUUACACUGGCCGCUUAAUAUAAAAAAAAUUCUUAGUUUCAAAAGUCAAGAAGCAUUUUUGCGAAGAUUAAUGUUAAUGUUUUUGUCCUCUUUAUAAUUAAAAGUAAUUUAAUUUUUUUCAUAGUUUUUACAAAAUAUUUUAAUGUUAAUUGUUAGUCAUGGUGAUUUCGUAUAAAUAGGGUUUUUAAUUAAUUGCACUCUGAAAUAUCAAGAAUUUUCCUCUUUGAUUUACACUGGAGGUACGCUCGUUUGAUAGCAGCUGCGUUAGAAUUAUUAUUAAAAGGCAGCUUUCGUUGGAGAAAACUGGAAAAUAACUAUUUUGAUACAUUUCAGAGUGCUCAACAGAUAUAUUGGAAGAUUUAUUAUAAUUCUAGAGAACAUAGAUUGUCUUCUUUCUCAGAGGAAGAGUGAUUCUCACUGUUUGCAGGAUAAAUGAGAGCUCUGAUAGCACAUGGUAAUGUGUACUUAAUAAAGGUACAGAUGAUACCAUUAUGGACAAUUCAAGCUUCCUUAAAUCAGUUUCAAAUUUUGGGAUACUAGCUCCUCUCUCAUAAGACUACUGAUUUCAGGUACAUUCUGCCCAAAAACUGACUCUGUGCAAACCUCCAUUCAUUUUAAUUAGAGUUUUACAAGAUUCGUAUCUUUGAUUUCCAGUGAGAACGUGACCAUCUUUGAAUGAGUGGAGGUCAUGUUACAGAAGCAUUUGCUGGGUUCUGCACCUCAUAUACAUAUGGGACCACUACCCAGAUGCUUUCUGCUCUUCAGUGGGGACGUUGGCUACUGAAGUUUUUUUUUAAAAAAGCAUCUUGAUUCCUUCUUUAAAGUGUAUGUGCUACUUAUGCUGAACUGGACAUGCAGGAAACCAUUCCUUUCAGAUGACUUUUUAAUUCUAUGUCCUUUUCCUCAUGAUAGUUCAACCUGCUGCUCUUGUUAAAGAUAGUUUAUAGGAUGCAAGGAAUGUAGCAACCUGCAUUGUAAUUUUGCUCAGAAUAAUUCCUGGUUCUUAAGUGGAUUUCAUUUUAUAUAAAAUGUUUUAAAGGCAGUGAAACUGGCACAUGUCACUUGUACUUAUUUCCCAAUUGCGUAGAAUUUGAAUAGGUGGCUAGAUGGACCAUUGCCAUUUAAGAAUGUACAUCAGGGAUCAUUGUACCUCGGCUAUUACAUGGUGCCUUAAACAGAACUGAAGCUAAGAUUUUCUUGUUAAUAACUCUUACAUUGAUUCAACAAAGUGUGCCUGUCUUCUUUCUUUCUUCUUUCUUC